ACACAGAAGUUUUGAAGCAGUAUCGUUGUCUGGGUGUGUCUUGUGUAACAGAUAUGUAUCACAGAGUCAGCAAAGGAAGUAUUCGCUUUUUCCACUCUCUGUAAAGCUCUCAUGAUAACUUUUGCUUUCGUUCAGCAUUACUUUUUCAACAAUCAAUAGCCACAACAAUGAACCAGUCGCAUAACACUGCUGAAGGCAACUGUUCAAUCAGUGACUUCAAACGCAAUAUCUAUCCAGCCGUCUACCUGUUUAUCUUCUUCUUGGGAUUAUUCGCAAGUCUGCUCUCCUUAUGUUUCUUCAUUGGUGUGAGCAGGACAAGAAAGUCCUUCAGUUCAGUCCAUUUAUUCAUGAUGAACCUUCUCAUUUCUGACCUGAUGCUGGUGUGUUCCCUGCCGUUCCGAGCCGCCUACUAUCUUAUGGAUUCCCACUGGAUUUUCGGAGAUGUCACUUGUCGCAUCAUUGGUUUUGUGUUCUAUGUGAACAUGUAUGCCAGCAUUUACUUUUUAAUGGUCCUUAGUGUCGUUCGCUUUGUGGCCAUUACUAAGCCCUACAGCUAUGUGUACUUACAGAGUAACCAAGGGGCUUUCCUGGUUUGUGCCUUCAUCUGGCUGUUGGUGUUGGUUGUCUCCAUCCCUCUUUUGAUGACAGGCACUUUCCAGGAUCCAUCUGGCCAGAUUAAAUGCUUUGAGCUGGACUUGUCUCAGUUGAAGCCCAUCAUCACCUUGAACAAAGCUGCGCUGUUCUUAGGCUUCAUCUUUCCCUUUGUAGUCAUUUCUGUCUGUUAUUUAAUUGCAGCUAGGAAGCUCCUACAGCUUAGAAAAGAUUCAACGAAAAGGGCACCCCAUUACAAGUCCUGCGCAUUAGUGAUCAUUGUUCUCUUCAUUUUUCUAUUGUGUUUUAUGCCCUAUCAUGUAGUACGCACUGUCUUUCUAGAAGCUGAAAAUCAGGUUCAAAAGAAUGCCUAUCAAUCAUGUCACUACAUUGAAUUUGUAAGGAAAGCAGCUGUGGUUACGCAUUGCCUGGCUGCUGGAAACAGUUGUUUGGAUCCUCUUCUGUACUUCUUUGUGGGUGAAAACUUCUGGAUCUACUGGUAUAAGAAGAAAAAGAGGAAGCUGAGCACAAAACGAUUCAAUCACAGAGGAAAGCGAUUAACAAAUACAACAAGGACAGAGUUAAAUGUGGUCCACGCUCAAUGUAACUAAAGGGCCACUUAUUUCAGUUAUACAGAAUUUCAGAUAAAUCUGUGGGGAAAAAACACAGCUAAAACUUGCAUUAUCAAUUAUAUAACUGUACAUUGUUUUAUAUGUUAAAAUUGUACUGUAAUGUAUCUAGAUUUCAAUAAGACACGUUGACAGUAACACUUUAAAAUAACGCCACAUUGUGAAGCAUUAAUUGAGCACGAGUAAGUAUUUGGUAAUUGCAUGUACAUACUUUAUUAAUGAUCAAUUUUUAUUUUAUUUUUUUAAAUUAGACAUAAAGUUGUAAUGUAAUGAUGUAAGAGGUUCAUAAGAUCAUUUAGAAAGUGUAAGUUUAUGAUUAAUAUUAAUUUCAAUAUAUUUUAUGUAUUUAAAAUGUAUUUAAACUAUGGAAAAUUACAUAUCUAAUUACUAUGUAUAUGUAAAUAUAUUGUAAUAUUACAUAUCUAUUUAGACCUACUGUUAGUGUGUGUUAAUAAAUGCUUUUAUUUACUCUGUGUGUGUUUUAACAAAUGCUUGAAUAAAUAUUUCUAAUAUAACCUA